AUGGCCUGUAUUCUCUUGGCAUGUCUUAUUGGGAAGGUGCCAUGCAAAGUACUGGUGGUAUAUCAUUCUCUGCUGUAUUUCAUUUGUAUUCGCGACCAUCUCAACAUACCCAAAAUCCACUCCAUGGUCCAUUAUGUUGAGUCCAUAUGCUACUUUGGCUGCACUGAUAACUACAAUACAGAGGUGUUUGAACGUCUACAUAUUGACUUGGCCAUGGACACUUGGAGGGCCACUUGGAGGGCCACUAAUAAGAGAAAUGAACGCCCCUAG